CUGCAGUGUCAGUACUCUGUCCUGUAGGGGGCGCUGCUGUUACAUUACACUCACCUACACCACCGAAGCAGUGUGAUCAGUAAUGGCCUCUUUCUGUUAACACUAGAAGCUUGUUUAGCUUUAAUGGUUUCCAUUUUUUUCUGCCGAAACGUCUCUAAUGUUGGAGUUUCACCGUCCUUCGUCCGUGUGGCUCCCAGUUUAAAAAUGAAAUAUCUUUCCACGAUGUAAAAGACGAAGCUCUCGUUUGCCCGGCAAUAACACUUGGACUGCAGAAUGAAUCAACGUGAGUGGAAAGAUGCUGUCCACAGACUCCAGAGACUUCUGGAGCCAAGCUGCCACAGCAUGGGGAAUGCCUCCAGAGGUCACAGAGACUGGGACACUUACCAUGAACACUCGAGAUAUACUGUUCCUGAACCACAAAGGAGUGAUGUGAGGUGGAAAGAGCUCAGUCCUUCAUCUCAUCAUGUUCAUAGUAAAGUCCCAGAGGUGGAGGACCCGGACGGAGAGCCGCUGCCAUACAGUGAAGAGGAUGUAGAGCUAGCAAGAAAGCAGCAGCUCCUCAGAGAGAUGGAGGAGAGAAUUAUGCACAAGAAAGCUACCCUCGCCAUGAAAACGCAGUUUGUGGAGACACCACCAGGUGUUUCUGGUGACAAGCAGCCGGCUAUGUGUGUAGGUCAAACUCUAAGAGACAGAGUGAAGGAGAUUCUGAUGCAGCGACAAUAUCUCAGCUAUUUCUCAAAGGUGCAGUUGGCCAGAGAGAGAAGGAGCUCUUCCUGCCGGAGCAAAGGUGGUGUGCUGCAGGAACAGCAUCCUCUGAAGCUCAGAGUGAAGGCUCUAAUGAAGAAGAGACACACUGUUUUACCACCUUACAGCGAACAGGGCCCUGACGUCACGUGGCCUCCUUCCAGCCGAAGCGUUACAUCACCACCUAAGAGAGAGGACGUCAUCAACAAGGGUUUCGAGUGCUUCCUCAGCGUGCUCAACAAAGGAGUGGACAUCAACUUGCUCAAACCUGAGGAUGACUGUGGCGAGGUCCCUGGUGUGUCACUGCCACCUCACGGCCGAAGCAUUUCUUCACCAGCAAAGGAUGAAAAUAAUGUCAACAAGGGUUUUGAGCGCUUCCUCAACAUCCUCAACAAAGGCGUUGACAUCGAAAAGUUUAGCAGGAUUAUGAGAAAUGAUAGAGAGGAUCUUCCUUUAGGUGAGGAGCCCCUGAACAUUCAGCUCCCUGAGGUGGGGAGCAAAUCAGAUCCACCUUUUAGGACUGAGAAGCAACAGCUGAACAGUGGAGCUUCACUGCUGGGCCUCAGACAGCCCAGUGAGAGUCUACUCAGCAUGGACAAUGACAUUGAGGCAAGCCUCACCCAGAGAAAGGAAAGCCAACGGUUGUUUAGUGGUGCCUCACUGGAAGGUCUCAGCCCACUCAGUGAAAACCAGUGCUCAAACAGUCGAGCCAUUCUGUUACUCAGCCAGGCCAGUGAGAGCCAGCGGUCGAAGACUGGAGCCUCGCUGAAAGGCUUCAGCCAGCCCAGCAAGAGUAUUGGCAGCGGUGCCUCACAGCCAGUACUCAGCAAAGCCAGUGACAGUGAGCAGGCAGGCAGUGGAGCCCUGCUGACAGACCUCAACCAGGCUAGUGAAAGCCAACAGUUAAAUACUGGAGCCACAUCACCCAGUGAGAACCAACUCUCAAACACUAAGCCCAUUAGGCUAAGCCUCAACUGGGCAAGCAAGAGCCAGUCGUUGAAGAGUGGACCCUUGCUGAAGGGUCUCAACCAGGCCAGUAAGAGCCAGCCUUUAAAGAGUGGUACCCUAAUUCCUGGGCUCGGUGAUGACAGUGACAGCAAGUCAAACGGUGGAGACCUGCUGGCAGGCCUCAACAAGACCAACAGUGGAGAGAAAAAGACUGAUUCAUCUACUCGAGAGAGGCUCUUAUUACCUGGUGAUGAGGAGAAGAAGAAGAAGGGCAAAAGAGACCACAGUUUGGGCUCUAGUAAUCGAUCAAAGUCGCCGGUGGCAGUGAAGAAGAAGAAGAAGGAGGAGGAAGAGGAAAAAGAAGAAACCUCAUCGGUGAGUGAGCAGCAUGAACAGCUGCAGAGCAUUCUUAAAACUCUGGGAUGGAACCUGGACGUGGACGAGCUGAGCAAACUGGCAAACCGCACUCAGGACAGGCUGUGUGGGAGGAAAAACGAACGUGCGAACAGCAGAGAGGAGCACGAGAGCCGCCAGAAGCACUCUCGUGACCGAGAUCGCAGGAAGUCGUCACGCUCUCCUCUGCGGAGCAGCAAAACAGACGAGAGUCAGGAGAGAAUGCAUGGGAGGAAGAGCGAAGGGAGGGUGAGGAAGAGUGAAGGGAGGAGGAGGACUGACAGCAGAGGGGAGGACGAGACACAGCAGACGCGCUCCCUUAGAGAUCACAGAAAUUCCUCUUCCUCUUCCUCAUCUUCCUCCAGGUCAGCCUCUAGAAACUCUAGCCCAAGCCCCUCACGCCGUCGGCGCUCUCGCAGCAGAGAUUUGAAACGGCGGCGAAAGGCCGAACGAAGCCGCUCGCGAGAAAGAAGCAGAGAGAGACUGAAACACAGAGAUAGACGGAACAGCAGAGAAACACUGAGGGACAGAGAGCGAAAAGACUCGAAACAUUUUUCUCCUUAUCCUUAUUCACAAAAUCCCGUGUUUCCUCAUCCUGCUGCUUCUCCGUUUCCAGACUACACUUUGUCUCAGUACUCACAUUUCGCUGUUACCCAGAGUGGCCACUACAGCGGUGCUACAAAUCCUUACUGGUCAUAUAAUCAGUAUAACAUUCCUCCCUCUCUUUCUGCCAGCGGCCAUCCUUACCCACACUUUCCUGGCUCUGUAGUGGCACCUAACAUGGCUCUCCCUGAUCCCAGCCUUCUUACGAACAGUGCCUCAUUUCCAAACCCGGACCUGUCUGUGAGCGAAGGCCAAGAUGGGUCAGCCUCUGUUUCUCGCUGCCUGAGAGUCAUCAAUACCGAGCAGGCAUCCUCUCAGAGCCUCACAGGUAGACACAACUGGAGACGGGGUCACAAAGAACUUAUGGGAAAUUUCAGGAAUCCCAAAGGUAUUUUAGAGAAACACAAUAAUGCAUUAAAGUCACCACUGGCACCACAGGACUCAAAGGUAUGCACAAAGACUGUGGGUAAUGACCCCAGCACUGAGGAGAUAAAAGAGGAGAAGCCGCAGCUAACAGAGGAGGAAAUAAAGGCGAACCUGAGGAAAAAGCUUGAAGCGUUUAACCAGAAGGCGAAGAACACGAGCCAGCUGCCUCACUCCAAAGUCAUGCAGCCAGCAAACUCCCUGAUCUCUGAGAUAGACUGAAGCGUCUGUGUCCUGUGAAGAUUUUUACUUUGUAUUUUUUCAGCCUUGUUCACAUUUGUCCCUGACCUCUAACGCCUGACUGUCAUCUGAAAAAGGUUUUUGCACAGUUCAUUAUUGGUCUGCUUUUGUGUUUUAGCUCUGCGCUUCUAUGAAUGUCAUGAGUUUUGCUUAAAGUUGAUUACGAGAACUAUUUUUUGUAGGCCGUACUGUAGUUUGUUAAUGAAAAAUGUAUAUUUUCAUUGUUAAAAAGGUUUCAGCCUGUACAGUUUCCGGUUUUACAUUCACUCUGUCACACUAAUAAAGAAAUCUUACAAAAACA